GACCCACGUACGAUCAUUCCUCAAGCUGCGUUGCUUACGAGAACAUCACUCACGUGUGUUGUGUAUCGCCAGUUUCGUGUGCGUCUACCAGCUGUCAAUUGUCACGUGCUUAAUCUCGGAGCGAUUGUCUCCUGUCACCGCGUUUGUGGCUGCGUAACGUGCAUACGUUAAUUUGGAAAGGUGUCAACGUGUGCCGUCAAUUGUUUCACGAGGAUAUCCUCUAUAUUCCAUUAGGUCAAAUUUUACCGAUUCAACCGUCAAAAUAGGAUACUACGCAGCGAAUACAAAACGCAAAAUGGCAUUAGGAACAGCAGGCAUGGCACCAGUACGUUAUGAACGGAGCUCUUGGAAUAUGUAUCAACCAUAUUAUCCGGAAGUGGAGGAUCAUUUACCUAAAGAUCCAAGACAAUGGACUCGAGAUGACGUUGCCACAUGGGUAAAAUUCCUAACGUCUCAACACAGACUACCAGAGGUACCAAUAGGCAGAUUUUUGAUGAAUGGCAAAGCUCUGUGCUUGAUGACUCCUUCUAUGUUCCUCGACAGAGUGCCACUGGGCGGAAAAUUGUUUUACAAAGACUUCCAACUAAGGCUGUCCGCCUAUCUGUAUUCAAACUGAAUACUUGAAAACAAACACCAAAAAUUUAGUACAAAAGUUACCUCCUAAAUGGAUAUAGAUGGUAUAAAAAAAAGAAGAAGAUGUAUAUAAUACCUAUGUAUCAUAGUGUGAAAAUAAUUGUAAAUAUUCUGUAGUUGUAUUGAAAAACAUUUCAAUUUUUGUAUAUUACUUUAAAUUUAAUUCGAAUUAGAAGAGAGAAGACUACAGUAAUUAAAAAGUUAAAGACUUUAAACAAAAAAUUGAAACAACAUGAGUGUUAUAAAUAAUAACAAUAAACCAGCUUAAGGUAUUAUACUACUAUCACAAAACCAAUUUCCCAUGAUAUCUGACCAUAAAGAGUUGCUGUCUUCUCUCUUAUGAUUCAUGUAGGUAAUUUACAUUUCAAAUUUUCUCUUCUUCUUGUUUUUGUUAUUUUCGAUUUCCUCCAUAAAUUUUUAUAUCAAUUUGUUUGCGUUUUUUAGAUUAUAAGAUGUUUUUAUAUGAAUUGUGGUUUACUAGUCAUUAUGUAUUAUAAUUGUAAAGUUUUAUUUUGAGUAAAUAAUUAAGUUGA